AUGUGCCAAUGUGAUAGGCCAGACAAGCCAACACUUGAACUUCGCUCUCGCUCCACGACUGACUCUGCUUUGCCCAUAAAUAUCUAUGCUGAGGCAGACUCAUCUCCGGCUGCGAGCCAGAAGUUACGCCAGCCCACUGGACUUGGCUUGAUGCCUUCCUACUCAGCCCCACGGCUUCGACCUUCCUCAGCCAAGCUGGAGCCACAACCAACGGUCGCAAGGAACACGCGAGCUUUGAAAAGGCAUACCACCCUUGAUUCUAAGGUGAGACGGUUGCUAGAGAGUCCUGAGCCUGGGUACUGCGAAGAAGUGCCUCAUCCAGCCAUCAAAGAUUUGGCAGAUUUUCAAGCGGCUUCUCUUUGCGGCAGGGUCACGGAAAAGGAGGACCGGUACCAGCCUUAUUUUAGUGGAAAGCGCAUGGACUUCAGCAAACUUGGCCAAUUUGAUGAGCUACCCCACAACAUUGGGGUGCAUUGCCAGAGAGGCAAGAAGGACGACUCACCCAACCAGGAUGAUUUCUUCGUGCUGCAGACCAAUGAGUGGCUUUUCUGCGGAGUAGCCGACGGCCAUGGGGAGAACGGUCACAAGGUAUCCCACUUUGUCCAGGAGCAGUUGCCUCAAGCAAUACUCCAGCGUCUCAAGCUGGGCCACUUUGCGAACUGGAGGACAUCGGUUGUCGGAGCAGUUGAUGAAGUGCAGACGAAAUUGCAGAAACAGAUCCCUGAUGAGGCCUCAGAGUCUGGAAGCACAGCCUCGAUGACCUUUCUUUCCAAAGAUGAAUCAGGCGAUGGCUUGGAGAACUCCAGGGAGAGACUUCUCUGCAUAUGA